AUGAAUCGUCAUUUCAACGGCCCUGCCCACGGACUCCCCCUCGAUAUCCUCAACUACAACGGGGAUGUCUUUCGAUACAAGGGUGGUACAGAACAAUGGACAGUCCUUGCUCGCAUAAUUCGAGAUGAACUAUUCUUCCAAAGAACUCUGGUAAUAUAUAUUCACAAAUAUCCAGGCGUGCAGGAAAUUCGGCAUCGCCUUUACUUUCCUGUAUGCAUUCAUCUUCGAAGCAAUAGCAACGGCACGCAGGACUAUGCUAGUAUAGGUCGAUAUGGCUUAACAGAAGUGGAAGAACUGUUGGUAGGGUUCAAGUCCUGUGAUAACUCACUAGGGUCGUGCCCCAUCUGCUUUACUGAUUACUCCAUAACUAUACGCUGGGAGAGUCAACAGAGGCAAGGCUGGCGCAUAGAGGUCGUGAGUUAUCAGCAACUUGGUCGUUGCCGAUCCCCUUAUGAUUGGAAAUGGAGACUUGCUGCGGAAGAUAGUACUUGGAACGAACCAAGAUGUCGGACUCAGAAACCAGGGCUCGUUCGGCAACGAUGGAUGUAUCCUGGUGGCCUCAUACAACCAGAGGGAAAGUAUGUUGGCAAGGCUCGCCGACAGCCCGGUAGUCUACUUGGAUCAAGGCGCUGUCCUUGGGCAACCGGGUGCUAUGGACCAGAGUGUGAAGAGCACCGCAACGCAGAAGAGAACCGCCCGUCACGUGUUGACUUUCUCAGACGCGAUCUCACCUGGUGGUACCCGGCUGAAGGUUAG